AAAAAAUGGAGAAUAAUCUGGUGGGAUAUAGAUUUAGUCCUACUGGAGAGGAACUGGUCAACCAUUACCUCAAGAACAAGAUUCUUGGUAAUUCAUGGCUCGUCGACCAUGCCAUUAGCGAGGUCAACAUCUGUCGUUACGAACCAUGUUUUUUGCCUUCGUUAUCGAAGCUCGAAUCGAAAGAUCUUGUAUGGUACUUCUUCUCCCCCAAGGAGUAUACGUCUGCGAAAAAGAAUGUAACGAAGAGAACUACACCUUCUGGAUAUUGGAAAGCUACUGGGGUUGAUAGAAAAAUCAAGGAUAGGAGAGGAAAUGGUGUUGAGAUUGGUAUUAAGAAGACGCUUGUGUACUAUGAAGGUAGGGUUCCUAAUGGAGUAUGGACUCCUUGGGUCAUGCACGAGUAUCACAUCACUUCCUUGCCUCUUAAUCAGAGGACCUAUGUAAUAUGCCAAGUAAUGUACAAGGGUGGUGACGGAGACAGUUUUUAUGGUAAGAACUCGAAUGAACCAAGCAGCUGUAUGGUCUCUGAUUCCAAUAUUGUCAGAGUCAUUAACACAUCGCCUGAGGUUGAGCAGCAAGGUCAAGAAGAAGGUAUGUCUAUAAAUGACUUGUUAAUCCCACUGAACCAACAAGAGGAUCUCUCUCCCUGUGAUGCGUUCAGUUCAAACAUGUUUUUUAGAGUCAACAACAAUUACAACCCACAAACUCCCUACGGUGAUGAUUAUUGGAAUGAGUUGCUGGAUUAUAAUGGCGGGAAUUUCGAAGAUGUGUUUCGCAAUCAAGACCUCAUAAUGCAAGAGAACCAAAGCAAUCACAGGCCAAAGAGACCUUUGACAGGAAUCAUUGUUGAUGAUAGCUGCAGUGAUAGCGAUGCUGAAUCCAUAUCUGCAACAAGUUACCGAGGAACAUCAAGUCCGUGUGAUAGCGAUGGUAGUCUAGACGAGAUUAUGUCGUUGAGGAAAGGCUCUUCAAAAGAAGUACAAACUUCUAUCAAUGGAAAGACCAGGGAGUCACGUUUCACCCGACGCACCAUAUCAUCAAAACAAGAGGUCAUGAGCUGCUCAUAUGUUAAUUUUUGUGGCUAUUUUCUUAUAAAUAUAAUGAAUUUUGAAGGAUAAUGAUGUUGUUGUUUCCUUUCCAGGUGAAAGAAUGUAAGUCUAAAGCCAAUGAUGAUGCAUCCCUGGACAAGAAGGCAUUAUCAUCUGUAGUGAAGACAGAGAAGAAGGGCUGGUUUAUAACAGAGGAAGCAAUGCAGAGAAAGCACAAGAAUCCACCGUAUAUCUAUCUCAUGAACAUGAUCAUAGGACUCAUCCUCUUGGUGGCUAUCAUUGGCGACAUGCCGACAUCAUAUCGGUUUUACUAAGGCUCAGAAAUUGAACCUGCUGAUGAAGUUUUACUGGAAGGAGAGGCCAAGCAGAUGGAUCGAAGCACUCGUUUUUAAUUGGAUGUGUAAUAAUAUAUAUACAUAUGUCGGUGUGUGUAUGUAUGAACUUCUAUAGGUGAAACUCAAUUGUUCUUUACCUGUAUAUAUCUUAUAGGUGUUUUCUUGUGACUAAAGUUAAAAGUGGAAUACAUUUUCUAUAUGGUAUCAGAGUCUCA